AUGGACGGCGGCGAGCACGAGGCGGAGGAGUCCUCCUCUCAGCGCCGGGAGCGCCUCCUCGCCCUCCGGUCCGCCGCAAACGCGUCGCCGGCGGGGGCUCCUCCCCCGGCGCCCGCGGGGAGCCUCCUCCCGGACCCUGACCUCCCGGGGGACCAGGCCGCAUCCGUGUGCCCGCCCCCGCCCCAUCGGUUCGACUACUACACCAACCCCGCCGCCGCCUUCACUUCCUCCUACUCCGGCGGCGCAACAAAUCCCACCUGGUCCCACAAGCGCAAGGGCCCUCCCGCCUGCUACGCCCCGCCUCCGCCGGCUUAUGGGAACCAUGGCAGCAACUAUCACCCUCCACACCAGCAGCAUAUACCAUCACAAGUUCACUCUCCAUCCUCGAUGCCACAAGAUGCACCUGGGAGCAGUCCAUGGCGAAGUCCUAUGCAGUUCCAGGAUCCUAUGUCAGGAUACCAAGGAGCUCCUCGCGCUCCACCUCCUUGGGGCUCACAUUCUGGUCCUCAAGGUCGAGGUUCUUAUUCAAAUUCAGCAAACUUUGUGUUCAGGCACCCGAAUCCCAGCCGAGGUGGUAGCCCAAUGAAUUAUGGACCAAGAGGUGGCCCAUACUCAUCUUAUGGACGUGGCAGGGAGCCCAACUACUUUGGCAGCCCAGGUUCAAGGGGGAGAGGGGGGAGGGGUGGUGUCGGUUUCCAUAACCAUCCUGGCAGGCAAGGCCGGAGUUACUUCAACAAGUCAAUGCUUGAUGACCCUUGGUUGGACUUGCAACCCGCUGUUGGCAACAUACUAAUACCUAGGGCUGAGUAUGACUCCAACAAGUCCUGGCUUCCAGAAUCGCUGCGCAAAAAGAAGGAAACACCUGCUCAAGGCCAAAUUAAAUCAACAUCAGGAUUGAGCCUAGCAGAAUACCUUGACCUGUCUUUCAAUGAGGUUUCUGAUAAAGAGAAGUAG